UGUACUUACAUUCAUUUGUUUGUCCAACGAACACGUGUAUUUUAUAUUCAGGCCACAGUAAAACAAUAUAUAUAUAUAUUUAAAAAAAAAUAUAAGAAUCCAUAUGCUACAGACACCUGUCUUUAGAAUUUUCGAAACACUAACUUGAGCUCACUUGCAAAGUGUAGGAAAAAGCCAUUGCAUUGUUUUAGCCAUAAUCGCGAUCGAGCAUUGUGCAAAUCUUAUUAGUAUUGCCGUUGGUAGCUCUAUAAAAGCCAAGCCCUGGACUCCAGAAAUCAGUUGACUUCGAUCAUCCGAAAAGUAAUCAAUUUAAAAUGAAAUUCCUUUUGGUUUUGUCCUGCCUCGUCCUGUACGUGGCCCUUACAUGCGCCCAGAACCAUUGCAACGGACGUCCUCGUCACCAGGACUGCGAUGGAGGCCGGAACGAAGGAGUUCGCCAUGCCCAUGGUUGCGAUCCCGAACCCAAUCCUGUGAUGUGGUACUAUAACCGAGCCACCAGGGAAUGCCUAAGGAUGUCCUACAACGGCUGUCAUGGAAACAGCAAUCGCUAUUGCUCCAAGGCGCACUGCGAAAGCAGCUGUAAUCGUCGGGACUGAGACCAAUUUUAUAUUUUAUCUAUGGCA